GAGCCCUUCCCGGAAGUUUCUUCUAUAGGGUUUGGGCCCUGUCGGGCGACACUUGACGCAAAAGUUGUAGCCGAAUCUCAUAAAGAUGGCGUGGUUAAAGUAAUAGAAAAGAAGGAAAUUGAGAUGAUGUUCUCAGUCCCUCAGAAUGUUACUGUGAAGGCUGUUUUAAGUAGUGCUACGUCACCGGACAAGUCUAUCAAGGGAGGGGUGACCCAGAGGGUACAGUUCGAAAGUCUUACGAUCAAAGUAACGACCCCUCACAGAGGAGACUUCUGUCUGAAACUUCUCACUAAGGGAAAGAAUACUUCGGACAAAUACAAGGUGGUCUGUAACUACCUUCUCACUUCGGACGAGUUCAACUCGAAGAAAAAGCCAAGAACAUACGAGAAUGCUGAGGAGAAGAACGCACGUACACGAUUAUUCGCUGCAUUGAUAAAGGGCGAUAACCCCGAUGAACUUCAAGAAGCAAUAGACAAAUUCAACGUGCUGAAUCUGCCUGACGACGGAGAGGUAGACAAGGCUAAAACACAAGUGUGUUACCUGAAAACAAUGAGAGACUUUAAAGAAGGCCUCAGCCGACGAAGCUUACCUAUAUUAGAAAAAGCUUUGGAAAACUCCAAAACCCUACCAAAGUCUGACGAGAUGAAACCUUUAUUUCGUCAGUCGACUAAGAUGGUAAAGAACCUGAGAACUCUGAAGAAACAUUCACACGAUGUGCUGGCAUUAAGUUCCCGAACGAUAUCAGAAUUACAUCGGUAUAAAGACCCAGUACCUGUCAUGGUAGACAUAAUGCGUGCCACCUAUCCUAUUGUUGGGCGACGAGGAAUCUACAUUAGAAGAGUGGGAAGAGAUUCAGACGAUAAUGAGGAAGACAGGUCGUGACAGCCUGAGUGUUAGAGUUCGACUGUUUGAUGUUACAAAAGUAAAGAUCCCACUGGCCAAGAAAGUACUCAGGAUUCUCCAAAAGUAUGACAGAGAUACAGCAGUGGGAGCCAGUGCUGGAGCCGGUACUUUCUAUCUUUGGUUGGAAGUCCUCACAUAUCACCUGGCAUCCAAAGUGGAACACCACAUGGCGCGCUAAAUGACAGACAGCGUGGUACGCCAUAUGAUACACCAUAUGAUACACCACGUGAUAUACCACGUGACACACCACGUGACACACAACUUGACAAAAAUCAGAAAAUGGAGGAAAUACCCAUGACUGUGAGGACCGAUUCGGUGUCCACAUGCCUUAGUGUGAUUUGUGUAUAGCUGCAGAUCAAUAAGGUUUCAAGAACUGUGUUAUAUUGUGUUAACGAAUGUACACAUUUAAUGCAUACCCCCUAUCAAUCGCCAUUUCAUAUAAGACAAUAAAAAGUCACCUUCAUUUUAGCUACAUACCACAAUGCAUAUUUAAGAUAUUGUCAAAUACAUGUGUUUGCUUAUGGGAUAUUAUAAAUUUAGCGUCUGCUAUCUUUGUUUAUAGAUUGGCCACUCUCUGUCAAUCCGUGUAAUUCAAGGAGUGUAAAUUAUAAGGGGUAUAUGACUGAUAUUAUAGUGUUUUAUGAGCUAUUCAGGUAGUUACAUUGUAUCUGUUCUCAAUAGCUUGAAAGUGUAGUUAUAUACCUUAAUCCACAUUCGGCUGGAUCUAUGCAAUUGGCCUUAAGCU